AAUUUUGUUCGUCAAAAAAGAAUGGAAAUCAAACUUACUAGCGAUGAAAGAAUGAGAAUGAUUACCGUAUUCCUCCGAAAAGAAGCACCCCUAAAUAUGGAACUACGAAACCAAACUCGUCGUCAGGUAGAUGGUAUUAGCGAUUACGAAUAUGGUGACAGUGAUGACGAUCUUUAUGUUGGUUUUGUAACACCAUCAUCCCGUAAUUUUUCAUCAAUUUACAACAAUACUGACACCUCCGCCAUGGCAAACAAAUCACUCUUAGAAAGUGUCGAACAUUCAGAUAAUUACAUUUGCAUUGAGAUAGCCCAAAUUGUUUUACAGCCUUCAGAUAUUCAAUUAUCCACUCAGAAAUUGCAAGACACAGUUAAGCCAAACUUAGCUUUGGUUUUUAGAAAACCGAGCCAAAUUUGCAUUGUUAUGGUCGAUGAAAAUAAAGAAAUUGCGUUUGAUUUAGAUCAGGUGGCAAAGUUUCGGUUUAGUGAUGUAACAGGUCAAAAGGAGAUAUUGCUAGAUAUGAAAAAAGGAUUUAAAAAAGAAUUUUACGAAUUUCCUCUUAAGUUCCUUGAUGUUAGGCUUCAAACUCCUGUUGAUCCAAGUCGUGGGAAGUUGGAUGAUGCAACUACUAUUAUAUUCAAAAUAUGUAAAGACGUUGAUAAUAGCUUAAUAGUUAAGUUGAUCAACCACAUUAAGCAGUGGAAAUCGACCAAUGUAAAGCCAUCACCACAAUAUAGUAUAAAGAACUCUCAACACUCAAACGAUAAUACGGUAAAUCAAGAGGUAAAGAAUAAAGGAUCAUUCAUCAAACCUGCUCGAGAUGACCUUUGUGAAAAACAAACAAUACGAUCCAAUACCAGAAUAACAGCACUUGACAACGAUGGAAAUGAUGAGUCUCAGGUUCAUAACAAUAAUCAUGUUAAUGAUGGUAUUACCGAUUGGAUAAAUGAAAGUAAAGAAAAGCAUUGGACAAAUGAUAAUGUUAAUCAAAUUGCUAAUUCCACGAUUACUGUUCAACCCGAAAAAAGAAAUGUAUUAAAAACUUCUAAAAAUUCUAACAGUGAUUCAGAGCUGCAUAUCACGUGUAUUUUUAUAACCAAAAAAUAUGCACUUUUAAUUUCAUUCGAUACUUAUCUUAAACAAUUAACCGCACUUAUCGAACAACGGUACAAUGUUAAAAUCUCCAUGGAUAGAUUAUAUUAUUUAAAUCAUGCUGGGGAAAAGAUCAGUUUGAUCGACGAAGAAGAUUGGGAUGUUGCAAAGAAGGAAGCCAUGAAUGCUGAAACUUUUAGAAUCAACCUGAUUAUAGAAUAG